CCAAUUUAUUGCUCAGAAAGGAAAAAAAGUCAACUUUCUUUCGCAAAAUAAUAAUUCAAUUUAGGGUUUCUAUGAAGGGACACAAUCCAAUUGAGGUGGGGAAGACGGUGUUGGAGGUGGCCGAUGUAGCAUGGUCGGCGGUGGAACGCUGUCAUCACCAUACCCACAGUCAUACUGAUACGACGGCGUUUGAUGUAUCUCAUAGUUGUGAAGAAGAUGGAUUGAGAUCUUUGAGGUCUGAAAACAAACGGCUCAAACGGUUGCUUGAACAAAAUCUUAUGCUUCUUCAGAGCAUGUCACAAUCUCCUUCCUUACUUCAAAAUUGUCCACCUGAUCUUCAUGAACGUCUCUUAGCCGCUGUGGAAUCCGGAAGCUUUUUGAAACAGCUGGAAGCACUGAAUCGGAAAUCUGUUGAUGGGAAUGACUGUCAAUUUCCUUUCAAGGAGGCAACUGAUGUUGACACGGAGACAGCAGAACUUCUGGUGAACAUGAGUCUUGAAGAACCAAGUUGGUGGGUUUGGGUGACUGAGGAUAUGGUCCCUGGCAAUCUUGAAGAAAGAAGCGGAAUAGAUAAUGAUAACUAUGUGAUUGUUAGUGAGGAAUAUGUUGCAGAUGCAGUUGCCAACUUUAUGGCUAGAUGCGUAGUAUCCAAUUCGAAGGCUCAGAAGAUGUCUCCUGAAGAACUGCAAAAGACCUUGGCAAAAGCAUUCGAAGGCAUUGGUAAAGUAGAAACAUUGUUCAACAUUUGGCAUGCCGCGCAAAUGUUCUACGUCCUUUCCACUUGGGGACUUGCAGUAGUGGGGUUGUACAAGAGCCGAUCUGUUAUUAGACUUGCUGCUAAAGGGGUUCACAAGACAGGCAAAAUGGUUCUGAAGGUUCUUUGAAGAUGCCUCUGCUGUGUUGGUUAUGAAUUAAGCAUCGUGUAAAUGCUUUUACUUAUUGUACAGUCUAGUAUAUCAGAAUAACAUUAUGCUUGACUUCCAAUUCGUCUGUCUGAGAAUAUUGUAAAUAGUAUGCAAUUUGAAAAGUGCCUCUGUUGAGAUUACAUUCGCGUCA